AUGGAAAUCUUAGGCUGUGGGGCACCACAUCCACCUUUGGUCUUCUUCAAGUGUCCUUCAGAGUCGAGCUCGGGCUCGGACCCUUUAUGGUUCGUUUGUUUAAGCCAAUUGAGGCACCAUUAUCAAUACCUCAUCGACCAAAAUCCUGGAGCAAUUGAAACAAACGCAGCGGAGGAUUUUGAGCACGGAUUUCAUGAAGCCGAUGUGGAACAUGGGCUUCGCGAGCUCGAGGUGGCCAAAGUGGCCGGGGCAGUCGGCCACGCCGGCCAUGCACGUCUCGCACCUCAUCCGCCGGUCGACGGGCCCCAGCCGCGGGUCGCUCAGGCCCGCGGGCUUCGGCUUACCUCUUUCGAUGGUGUCGCCGUGCUGUAUACGCACCACCGACAUACCCCUCUGCAAGAAAAAAACGAUGGCAAAAAGUUCGGCAGUUACCACAAGUGUACUCGGAAAAAUAGCCCCAACAUAAAUUCAAAUAUAAUGCGGCGGAGGGUUACAAUUUCUUCGGGGCUAAGGAUUCCGAACUGGACGGCUCGGAUAUUGGCGACCUCGGCCGUCGAGUGCGGGAAGCGCAAAUCCAUGGCAGUUUUCUGGUUAGAGUCUAGGCGAAUGAGAACGGGGAUUUUUAUUCCUUCUGUCGUUUUAUCUUCCUAUGGAUGUAUGAGUUAUCGCAGGUCGGCGGCUAUGGCGUCGAAGAGAGACGAAUUUUUUCCAGAUACUGGAAAUUAUGAUGAAAAGUUGGGUCGCGGUCUCGCGCUGUCUCGGCGUGGCCCGCUACUGCCAUAUGGGUCUCGGUCUCGGUCUAGGCUGUUGCUCACUGGCCCAUCGAAGACCCGAUACGCAAUAGCCAACCUGAACGUCGGUCGUUGUCGAGAAGUUGCAGAGCGUAGACAGAUGGAGAAGCAUAAGGAACUCUAA